ACAGGGUCCUACCCUGUGGUCUUCAGGGAGUGAGUCAAUAGGUCAGUGUGUCCGGGUAGGUCUACGUGGUGAGGAGUGGGACCCCUGUCGUGCACCAACACCACGAUGGAUGACUAUCCGAUGUAUGGGCUACUUGUUGGGUUCUCCCUCUGGGGGACCCUCUGGCGUCUCCUCUUCCCUCUCGGCUUUUGGCCCACUGUUGCGUGUAGAGUAGGGCCCACUCGGGGUGGUACUUCCACCAACCCUUACACGAAGGAGGAGGAGGAGAAGAUGGCCGUCAUUCUGCAGGAGAAGAAGGAGAAGAAGGAGGCCAAGAAGAAGGCCUUGAAGGAGGAGCAGGCGGCCAAAUUGAAGAAGAUAGAAGAAGAGAUGGCCARAGAGAAGGAGAGGAUACGAAAGGAGGAAGAAGAGAAGUUGAAAGAAGUGGAAGAGGAGGAGGAAGAUGAAACACCAUUGCAGAGGAAGAGGGUGCAGUACAGUGGUAGUAGGGAUGAAGAGAUGGAGAAGCGAAUCUCCRAGUGGGUAGCCAACUURUCCCUGGGCGAAGAAGAAGAGGUGGCGAUGUACAUCUCCAAGGAUGACCAAGAAGCCGCUAUGAGGGUCUGGGAAGCAGAAAAGGAUGUUGUGAAGCGGCAGGCAUUGGAAGACGAAAAGAGGAUGGAGUGGAAGUUGGCAGUGAUGAGGGAGAAGAAGAGGAGAGUGGACGUGGUAGCGGAGGCGGCAAAAGAUUUAGAGGAAGUAAAGAAUAUAGAAGAGCAACUGGCCGCCCAGACCGAACUCCCAGCUCAAAUGCGAGUCAUAGCCCGAAACGUUGCACGCCUGGCACGAAUUCAGGCGGAGCAAUAUGAUUUUACUCCCGAGGAGGAGGAAGCACGUCCUCCUCGUCAGGAACCGGUCAAAGUUAAAUUCCCUGAUUCCUACAGUGGAAAAAGGGAAGAGAACUUCGACAAUUGGGAGGCCAAUGUCAAGACCUAUAUGCAUCUGCAACAGGUCUCCCCGGAUCAGCAAGUUCUGAUUGCGAUUCACGCGCUCAGAGAUGAAGCCGCCAGCUUUGCAAGGUCCCUAGUUCGCGCUGCCAAUCGCAGCGAUGAUCCCGUUGCGUACUCCUCGUUCACUUCCCUCACUGAGUUCUUGAAGCUGUUGCGCGAGCUGAUGUCGCCCGUAACGUUAAAGCCUCAGACAGGCUGCAGACGAUCCACGCUCGUGAGUGGAAGAGCGCCAGGGCACUUAAGAGUACAAUGGUUGAACUGGUAGCUUUCCCUGACCACGCGGUUACAGACACCCAGUUGGUUGGCCUCUUUUAUCGGGCUAUACCCGAAGCCCUUCGAGGGCAUUUCUUUGCAAAGAGCGAAGACCCUGCCACUACAUACGAUUCCCUUAGUCGCGAAGUAUGCGUCUGUGUCCACUUUCUUGCACAAGGACUUGGACAAGGGUAAGCAAUGGAAGGGCCGCACUAUCUCAGGGCAAGUAAAGACCAAGGACAGCC